AUGAACAGACUUUUUGGCCGCAGACAAGAGCCCAGACGUACCUCAGACGAUGACUACAACAAAAUGCAAUACUUCACUCCCCGCGGUGAAAUACCUGCAAAGGUGGCUGAGCAACAAGUCCGAGACGUCGUCAUUGACCCCAACAACAUCAGGAGGAACAGAUAUCCUCAUGAAUACAUGAACGAAGAAGGCCCAAACGAUGAUGACAAGCACGCGAUCUUCGCACCCUUUGAGAAAAGAAACCGUCCCGUUGCGGAAGUAGGACUGUACGAAGUCCCCCUCAACAGUCGGAUGAAUCUGGACAAGAAAUCCAUGCCCGUAUUGCCACCUCAUUUUAACGACAGGGCCCGAGUGGAGCGUAAGGAGCCCAAUACCCCGGGCGCCUUUCGAGGAGUCGCUACAGUGGAUAAACACACUGGUCGCAACUAUGGGAUUUCAGGUGUUAUGUAUCAUCCCGAGGGUGAUAUCAAUGGCUUCGAGCGUGCGCCAAUGGAGCCUUUGAGCCGCGAAGGUCGUCAAUUUCUACGACGAUUUGCGGACGACGAAGGAGAUCAUCGUGUGACUACAUGGCCUCCUCGAGAUGAGGAUGCAAACGAUCUUGCAUCGUAUGAAGAGCGUUUCAAAUUGGAGAGGAAGACAAAGAAAAAGCCCAUGCCCCAGUCUCAUAACAAGUUCUUGAAGAAAUAG